UGUUAUUUAGAACCCAUGCUUGGUGUGUCAUACUGACUGAACGUGUGUGAGGGAGCGUGUGUUUUGACGUUUGCCAACACUAGAAAAAAACUAAACGGGCUGAAGAAAAUUACAAUCGCAGGACACAAUUUUACCGCAAUGGAAACGGAGACGAAAGCCAGUGGCGAUGAGAAACAGCAGGAAAAGUCCCUGGCCGAGCCAAUGGAUACGUUGGAUCCACCGCCGCCCACCGCCAGCUCAAAGACCCUGAAACGUUGCCUCAGUGUGCCCAUCAUAAGGACACCACCCGGAUCCAAGUCCGGUAAAACACCGAUGACCACACGGGCGGCAGCAGCUGCUGCAGCGGCGGCCAAGGAGCACGAGCAGACCCCGAAGAAGAACCAACAACAGCAGCAGCCACAAUCUACAGAAUAUUCCCAGUUCUUCGGGAAGAAUAUACACAUAAGAUCGCAACCAAACUCCAGGGAGGUCUCUCCAGCUCCGGUUUUUAAUAUUUUUACACCGCGAGCUCGUCGGUAUUCGGCCAGUUACAGUCCUCUGACCACCGGCGCCAAUGGAGCCACUCUGUGCUUGACCCCACGGGUCUCCCAGCUCAGGCAGGAGGAGUGCGCCGACUUGAACAGUCGCGAGGUGAAUCACGAGCGGGAGGUGCACCGGGAAAUUCAAAUAUCACAGAGUUGGGAGGACCUAACACUGGUGGCCGAGAACUGGUCCUGCAAAUCGGAUGAGUUCUCGAAUCCCCUGCAAGUCACCCUGCCCCCCACUGGCAGUACUAGCUGCUCCAGUCCAAGCCCGACCAGCAAUCGGGCAGGAAUGAGACUGCCCUACUCGCCUUCGCCAACGCGGCGUACCUUCGCCACCCGGAGAUCCAUGUCGCCAAUACCCAUGAGACCAUCACAACUGGGUCCGGUGAAAAGAAAGUUCGAGCUGGACGACAAUCCUGCCCAGGGCAGCAAUUGGAGUGUGUACUCGCCGCCGCCGCUGAAAAAGAUUUUCACGGAAAGCCGUGGUUCCUCGCCCGUUUGCCAAUCGCCCUCGUCGGUGUGCCCCAGCCCGGAUUCCGGAACCUAUGAUGGACGCAUCACACCCAAACUGUUCAUCUCGAAGCUCUGCACCAACAAUGCUGUGAGUGGAUCCGGCAGUGGUGGCACCAACAACAACAGCAGCAGCUCCGGCUGCCCCUCACCAGUCUCCGCUUCACCUGGGGGAGUCGGUAGUGGCCCCAAUCUGGAGGCAGCCAUGUGCCUCGUUUCGGGUGGGAGUCAGAGCCAGAGCAUCGACGAAGGCAUCUCCAUACCCGAAUCGGAGAUCAACUCAUCCUCCUGCCGUAGCCGCACCUCCUCCAUCGUAUCCACCGCAUCCUCCAACGCUCAGGUGCUGGCCAAUGACCUGGCCGAUGACGCCACACUGAUGGACGAUGCCAAGAGCGAGACGUCAUCGAUCGGUGGCUGUUCCACCAUCAGCAUAGAGUCCUCAUCCUGCGACAGUGGUGCCAAGACGGCCGCUACCUUUCUCAAUCGGCUGGUGGUGGACUCGGAUGGCGGUGGGUCGCCCUUAGCCCAGAAGAGCUUCUACAUCAACAAACAGGGAUUAUCGGGGGCCAAGAAGUUCAUCGUCAAUCACGAGAGAACGGGGUCCUCCAGCAAGGAUGUUCAACAAAAGCUUUAAGGUCCUUCAAUUAGCUAAGGGUUCGAUUUUUUUUUUAAAUUUACAAUUAGAGGUUUAUCUUGGGCGUAAAGAUUGAAUCGUUGGAUUGUUUUAAAAAUUUUAUUCAGUGAUUAUUCAAAAAUGGUCAUAUUUUUCCUGUACAUACAUUUAUUUUUUUUUUCAUUUACAAUUUUUUUUCUUUUUUACGAUUUAAAGUCAAUUAUAAAGUAUAGUUCAAUAUUUUAAGCUUAAAAAACGUAUUAUUUUUUCUCUACAUAUGUUUUUCUUAACAAUUUUACUCUUUAUUUUAUUUUAAGAUCUAAAAAAGAGUAAUUUUUAACCGAUCGUAUCCAAAGAUAAUUUUUUUAAGAUAGUCCUACGAUUAAUAUUGACUUCCUUGGUACAAUUAUCCUGAAAAAUCGAACCCGAUUAUAUAGAAACGCUUCAGUUGGGGUCUCUAUAUUUCCCUGAUUUGCUAAAUAUUAGUUAGUAGCUUCUUUGUAAAUAGUUAAUUAGUUUGUGUGGAGUUCUGAACCAUCUGCAUAUCAUCAAAUCACAAAACACUCACCCUCAGAAACUUGUUUUUAAUAUGUUAGUUUAAGCCUAUAUCCCGAUCCUUAUGUUAUGAUAUGUUCUUCAUUUCCAAUGUUUCGAAUUAACCCAAUAACUAAUAUAUGGUUCAUUUAGUUUCGUUAGUAGAUUUUAGCUACCAAGAACCCGAUUUUGCCAAAUAUGUUUCCUCCUUUAUAUAUAAAUAAUAUAUAAACAUAUAUACAUUUAUGUAAUUGAUCAUUAUAUUGUCUAUAAUGAGAUCCAAUAAUUGCGGCGAUAUCUGCUUAUAUGCCGAUCCAACAGACGAUAUAUAUAGACACACACACAAUAUGUAUAUUAUAGGCUUACAGUUUGAUUCUAAUUACUAUAAGUGAGUUUCAGGAAAUGUUAUACUUAGAAUUGAUCCAAACCGCAAGAAUUGCCUAUUAAAUAUUUUUUUUUCAAUA